AUGGAAGAGCACAUCAUGCGAAGACGUGCGAACAUAAAACUAGAGGACGGGGACGGCUGCGUCAGUUUGGAGGAGUUCUGCGCGUUCGGGUCGGCCUUCGCGCCGGCGGCCGCCGGGGACGGCGAGCUGAGGGAGGUGUUUGGGUUCUUCGACUCCGAUCGGGACGGAAGGAUCACGGCGGAGGAGCUGCUCCGCGUGUUCUCUACGAUCGGGGACGCGCAGUGCACGUUAGAGGACUGCCGGCGCAUGAUAAGCGGGGCGGAUAGGAACGGGGAUGGGUUCGUGUGCUUCGAGGACUUCAGUCUAAUGAUGGAGGCAAUGUUGUGGAAAGAUGUUUAA